AUGGCGCCCACAACGAGCAGCAAAGGCAAGGCGAAGCCCGGCGGCGGGAAAGCAUCGGCGGCACCGCGCAGCCGCAACACAACACCGCUGCCCAACGCCCGCCCGUCCGUCGAGCCGCCGUCAGGGUCCACGGCCAGCUACUUCGAGAAGCCGCUCAGCAGCGCGCUCAAGAAAUGCAGUACCACGAUGGAAGAGAUCCUGGAAACGGGAGCCAGCAACGGCACCAUCCCGUCCGGGGGUACGCUGCUCAAGAUGCGCGACCAGGUAGAGAAGACAGUGCUGAAGAGCAUCGAGACACGCUGCACACAGGCGGAGGCCGCGCUGAGGACGCUGCAUGGCCUGCGCAAGAACCGCGGCCCCCGCGAGAGGAAGGACGACAAGGACGACGACCGCAAGCACAAGCUCAAGAAAGUAGGCAAGAGGCACGACGAAGACAGCAAGCACCCGCCUGCCGUCGGCGCACACGGUCUCGCCCGGCAGGAUGGCGUUGAACCGCAUGCGCCAGCUGCCGACGCACCGCAGGACGCAGCAUCGCCCAGUGGGUCAGACGUCUCGCACCAGCCCGCGCCCGCACCCGCCGUGCCGCAGUACCAGACCUUUGGCGAAGACCCGGUCAAGUUCGACGAUCCCACCGUGUACCACAUCCGCGAAGUCACCCCGGGCAUGGGCGAUGAAGAGAGGAAGGAGAUCUACUCUGUCGCUGUCUUUCCACCCUCGAAUCUGCACGACAAGAUCGCCGGCAUACCGCCAGACAAAGACUUCUCGAACGCAAAGCCUGCGACGCAGGUCAAUGCUGGUGUCUUUGCCAACUACGUCGAGCCCUACAUACGGCCGUUGACGGAAGAGGAUGUGGCCUUCCUCAAGGAGCGCGGCGAUCGCGUAGGGCCUUUCGUGCUCCCCAGACGAGGGCAGCGACACUACAAGGAGAUAUGGGCGGAGGAAGACGGUGCCAUGCACAUCGACUCGAAGGUCGAGCGUCCAGCACCGAACGUUCCUCGAGGCGCUGCCGAAGACGCCGGGGACGAUGUUCUCGAGACGGAGCAGGUGUCCGCUGGGCCUCUGGUCUCGCGACUGUUAGCCACACUCCGACCAGAAGGGCGCGGUAGCCAGAACAGCUCUAACGACGCCAACGGCACCAACGGCACCAACGGCAUCAACGGCGACGCUAUGGACAUUGACGAGGGCGCGGGCGCUGGCGCCCCUGCAGACACAACAAACACCAAUGCGCUCCCCUCCGCAACCCAGCUCCCCGACUUGGUCGGUCGCGCGCCGCAACCCAGCAGCGGCCGCGCGGAUUACGCCACCCUCGAGGACCGCGUGCUCAUGGAGUUGAAGCACUACGGCUUCCUUUCCGAGGCCGAUGCCGAGACGCAAUCCUACGACUCACACUUCGACGACGAAGUCGCCCAGCGAUUGCGCUUCUUGCAGGAGGAGUUGCGCAAACAGUCCAUCGUAAACGGCGCGCGGAAACAGCGACUCCUCGAACUUACGGAGGAGAGGAUCGCACAGCAGGAAUACAACACCAUUGCCGACGACCUCGACAACCAGCUCAACGCCGCAUACCUCAAGCGGAACAGGAACAUCGGCAAAGGCAAGAAGCAGAACAAGAGGCCUGGUGGUGCUGGUGGCGGCUCGCAUGCUGUGGCUAACGCGGGCAUCACAAGGCCGGGUGUUGGCGAACCGAUCAGGACGCUCAUGGAACGACGGACACAGUGGAUCAACACCAUUGGCCCGGUUGUCAACUAUGGCAAAACCGGGUUACCGACUGACACUAUCUUUGCCGAGGAUAAGAUGAAAGAGCUUGAGAGUCGGGAGGUGGAGAUCUGGAACACCGAGGCGGAGGAAUAG